AUGAGGUUCAGUCGAAGUCUCACGAGCCCAAAUACUCCAUUGGAGAUUCAGCGCGCGGGUCGCAAUGCUUUCCGCUGCAGCCCUAAGCUCCAAGUUCUCAUGGAGCAGUGGGCCAGUGCCCAAGGGGUGUGGACCCAAUCAGAUUUCUUUCUGCAGAUCAAGGAGAAAAAGAAGAACCGUCGGUUCGGAUGCCGAGUGUGGUUAACAAGAUCCGAAAUGACUGCAAAGUACGGAUCCACGACCAUAGCCCAGCAGAUCAUAGAAGCAAAGGAAAUUGACAAGGAAGCAUCAAAGACGCAGAUCAGGGCGCAUCCUGAUAUGCAUGGUGUGCAGACUGAGGAGAAGCAGAAGACGGAUGCAUUGAAGAAAGAACAGCGAAAGAGCAAUCAGGUCAUUACCAAGAUCGGGCAGAGCAUCAUGAAGGCUUCCAGCCUCGAAGACAAGCUGUCGAACAUGAGCGAGACUGUGAAGAAAGCCAUUUUGACCGAAGUGAAGCCACAUUUGAUCGCCCUGCGAGAUGCCCGGAAACAUCUCCAGAAGGCGAUUGACGAAUCCAAGGCGGUUGAUACAAUCAAGGUUCCAGUGGUGGACAAGAAGAGCCCCAGAGGGGUGUCUAUGGAAACGUAUCCUAUUCUGCAUCCCCACAGAAUUUUGACGUACUUAUUUGAUGAAGUACAGCUGGAGCUAGACCCUGCCAGUGUUCACCAAUACUGGGACCAUGCAAGGUUGAUGCAAGAGCCCUGGGCAGUAUCAAGCCCUGCAUCACGAGAUCAUGUGCCUUUAGGGUUACACGGAGACGGGGCUCGACUCUGGACAGUUUAUCAAGUGGAGAAACAGAUGUCUAUCUCCAUAAAUCUUCCUCUCUUUCGACCACGGGCCACCCGUUACAGUCGUUUUGUUGUCUUCACUUGUCCAGCUGGCAAAUUGUUCAAAAAUCGCACGCUCAAUGCAGUCUUUAGGAGGCUUGCUUGGAGCAUCAAUGCAUGCUUUGACGGUUUCUACCCGACGCAGGGUGUUGGUGGGAAGCCGUUGAAGGGUUCUGAUGCCAAUAUGGCUGGUCGUGCCAUAACUAAGAAUGGUUUGAGGUUUGCACUUACGGAAGUUCGUGGGGAUUGGGAGUUCCAUCGGGAUUGCUGGCGUCCUACCUCAUCAUGGCUUUCCACCACAAAACCCAUGUGCAUUCAAUGCCCUGCAGUAGCAAGUGGACCCACGGAGCUUCUCUAUUACAAUAACGAAGACAGUUGUACGUGGAACAAUCAAGAGUUCAACUUGGGGGAAUUUGUGUCCCAACGUCUCAGGGAUAAAAACUUGUGUCCCCUUCUCACAGUACGUGGGUUUCAUCCUGGGGUAUUGCGUUGGUGCUCCAUGCACGCAAUCAACCUUGGAAUUUUCUUUACAGCCAAUGGAGCAGCGUUGCUCCUUCUUUGCGAUGAUCUUGAAUUCUUUGGACCAGGGACUUUCAAACAGAAGCUGGACUCAGCUUACAAGGACUUUCUGGCAUAUUGCAAACGCCAUAAAGUCAACCACUCCCAGCCACCAUUCCUCCCCAAGAUGGUGAAGAAAAAAGGUGGCAAGAUCCUUUUUACUGCAAAAGCCUACAACGGCCGCUGUAUCUUGAGCUGGCUGGCAGACUGCCUUCUGACAGCUUUGGAUUCUUACCCAGAUCAUGAGGUAUUGGUGCUUACCAGUGCUGCCAUGACCCUUGACCUCAAAUUGGAUUUCUUUUUUAUGGUGCUCAUGUUUUUUCCGAUUGAUAUAGUCCGGAAAACUUUAAUGAUGAUAAAAGGAAAGGUAUUUAAACUAUAUCAAGGGUCUUGA